GACUCAAGAAGAUGGAAAGAAGAUCUCGCUCAAGGUCCAAGAGCCCCCCAAGGCGCAGGGACGACCGUGGUUCGUACAAAUCUGGAGACCGUCCAGCUGGAGCAGACGGCGGCACCAAGUUGUACGUCGGAAAUCUUUCUUUCGACACGAGGGGAGAAGAUCUCAUGCAGUACUUCAGUCAGUUUGGCAAAGUUGACGACACCACCGUGAUUAUGGACCGCGAUGAUCCUGGAAGGAGUCGUGGCUUUGGCUUUGUCACCUACUCUACGAUCGCUGAUGCUGAGUAUGCUAUCUCCAAAACCGACAAUGUUGAGUGGAUGGGAAGAAACAUCCGCGUGAACAUGUCAAGGCCACGUGGAGAUGGUCCGAGAGGCGGUGGCGGUGGCGGUGGAAUGCGCUCAGGCGGCUUCCGUGGUGACGGACGUCGAGGAGGAGGCGAUCGUUACGGAGACGGAGGCAGGAGGUAUGGCCAUGACGAUCGCGACAGAUACUAAACAUUCUCGCGGUCUUAAAGUUUUUGCCAAGAGUGUAGUUUGAGCUUGGAGGUCACAAGGGUGAAUCUCCAUUUUGUGCCUCGAUUCAUUUGUUCGAAAUUUUUGUUUAAUUUCAUCAUUGCACAACUGAAAUUUAUAUGGGAGUGUUUUGAAUUCUCGCUCUACAUUCAUCUCACUAUAAUACAAGCACAAGAUGUUGUCACGCAUCUUUCAUCAUAAGGCUCUCCAAGUUAUGGUCAAGGACUGUCACUCUGGUAUGCAUUCAGCGUUUGUGAUGCAUGGAGGAAUUCUAAAUCUUGUUACCUCGAAUGGUUCGCAAGGACCACCUCUGCUUCGACUGACGCAGUACCAAGUCUCCUCCCGUCCGAAGUCUACAUGACCAUGAGGGCCAAUGUCCCUUGAGGAAGCAUUAUGAUACAUACCACAUUCCGAUUGUACGCCUUGUGUUUCCGCCUCAAUCCUAGAUGCCUAGCCCACUCGAGCAUUCUUUUCAUCAGCCCAGGUCUAUUGAUGUUUGAAUGAAACUCUCCUUUGAAACUG